UUUAGAGCAAUGCCAAUGGUGAGCAUUUUAUUUGCUCAUGGGCAAAUUUGAUGGGAAAAUAAAAUGCUCACCAUUGUAGAAGGUGAGAAAAUUUGAUCAAGCCAAAAAAAGCCCAUGGGCAAAAUGAAAUUUGCCCAAAGAGUGAGCAUUUUCGUGUAGCUGCAGUGAAGGAAGUGGGCCCCACAGCAGGUCAGACGCAAUUAAAAAAAUUUGGCUGGGCCCUUAUCAAAACGACGCGUUUUGAUGGAGUGGUCUGAAGGGCCGCUUCCAAAACGCGUCGUUUUGACGCUUAAAAAAAAAAAAAAAAAAAUUCGCUGGCAGAGGCGCGUCAGACUUGCUGGCGAAUCAGAGCUCGCCACGUGUCUUGCGCAGGGGAUUGACCAAUGAGAAAAUACUAGCCGUUUACAACGGUAAUAUUAUUUGUAACUGAUUUUCCGAAAAAUAUAUUUAUUAAAAAUAAAUAAAAUUACCAACGGUCAUAAAAUUAAAUUCUCUAUAAAUAGACAUGCAUUUUGAUAUGUUUUGAUAUAAUUUCGUAAUCACCUAAAAUCCUCCACUUUUUUAUUUUCUUAAGCAUUUUAAAUUUGUAGAAGAAUAUAUUUGUUGCAAAACAUCCAUAUUGAGAAUCUUUUAAUGGAUCCAAACAACCCAAAUUUCCGUCAACAAUUUUCUGGUUUUAGUGAUGAUUUACUAACUAAUCCCGAGUUUCAAUUGUUCUUGCAAAGAAUGGGCAAUACGUCUUUGCAACCACCUCCACAGUGUCAGACACCUACUCAGUUUCCCCUACGAAACCAUGUUAAUGAAGAAUGUACACCUGAAAUUGAACAUAAUAGCAACACACAAUUCGAUGACAGCGAAGAAGACAGCGUACCAGAGACGCCGCAAUAUCCUCCACCAGUUCCGGAACUGAAAUCCAACCAGGUUGUUGCACGAGCGACUCGAAUUUGGUCAGUUGCGGAAGAUGAAACUCUGAUUGGGUUGUACUUGGAGAUCAGCGAGAAUGCUAUUAAAGGCACGAGCCAGAAAGCAACUUCCCUUUGGCGCGAUGUACACGCAGCAUAUCAACUUGCUCAUGCGGAGAAGCCGCAUUUACUUCCACCAAGACCUAUGAAGAGUCUGACGUCGCACUGGAGAAGGUUGGCAGCAGACACACUACAGUGGAUAUCUUGCUAUGAUGAAGCAGGUAGACUUCCGGAGGGAGGGAGUGGUUACAACGAAGCUGACCGUAUAAAAAGUGCGUCGAAGCUUUUCCAUCUCGCCCAAGGUCGUAAUUUCGCUUUUCCUCACGCUGUUGAAAUGCUUAAUAGAGAUCCAAAGUGGAGGCCAAAGCUGAGAUGGUCCUUGUCAAAGGAGGAAAGAAAAGUUGUUCGUAAUGUUGAGGAGCAAGGUAGUGCUGGAAGUGGGAAGAGGUCCAGAGAUGAUGGAGGGGAUGAAACCCCUACGGAUGGUUUUUCAUCUGGAGGAAUACAACGACCCGAAGGUGUGAAGAAAGCAAAGGCCAAGCGUAAAGGGAAAGAAGUAGCUUCGGACAGUGGUUCGUCUGAGCUUAGCGAACGAAUGAAGGAAUUGGCAACAAUUCGCGAGAGGGAGGCCAUUCUGAAGGAAGAGCGGAUCAAAAUUGAAAGGGAGAAGGAACAGAGGAAAAGGGAGGAACUUGACAUUCAUAAGAUGAAAACCUGGUUUGAUAUGGUGCAAGCUAUGAAGAAUUCGCCUACGCCACUCACUCCUGAAGAAGAGUCGUACAAGAAUUUCUUACUGGGUAAAUUACAGGGCUUAUAAGAAUGUUUGGUUGUAGUAGGUGUACGCUUGUAUUAGUUAAGUUUUUAAUUAUGCGCAAUGUAGUCUUUUAAGUUUUUAAUUAUGCGCAAUGUAGUCUUUUAUGUUUAACAUGUAGUCACAUUUUUGUCAUUGUGUAGUCACAUGUUUCUGAAUUAACUUUGUCAGUAUGCUUUAACUUUAGGUCAUUCAUACCGACAUGGUGUAGUCACUUUUGUUCUGAAUUCACUUUGUCAAGAUUUGUCAUUGUCAACUAGCAUAGUAUACCUAUUCCGUGGCUGAAAAUUUGAAUGCUUUAGUUGGUGUGGUCAUUCAGAUUUGUAACCACAUAUUCAUUUGAUUUAUUUGCUAUAUAUAGUAGGCAUGGCACAUAUCCACAACCACACCAAUUCAGAAAAUUACAAUAUUAAUACAUGAUGUAUUCCAGACCAUCAUCAAGUUCAAGUUCAAGUUCAUCUUCUUCCAAUAAUGAAGAAUAUGAUCAACUCGUUGAUGAACUCUUCACAUACCAACCCACAUCUUUCCUCAUGCCCCAAACACAAUCCCAACGUACUUCAAAAUCACGUAGAGGGGGUACGAACAGAAGAGAUUGGGAAAUGGGACAUGCCAGGCUGUUCAAUGAUUAUUUUUCCGAUAAUCCUGUGUACAAUACCACCCAAUUUAGAAGAAGAUUUUGUAUGCAACGACCUUUGUUUUUACGUAUAAUGAACAAGGUCGUUGAAGGUGAUGUUUACUUCCAGCAGCGUAGGGAUGCAACUGGAAAGUUAGGCAUA